AUGUACCUCCGCGCCGUCCACGCCGAACCUUCUAUCCCAGCUCUCAAAGCCUUCCUCGCCGCCAACCCCCUCGGCCUACUCACUACCGGCAUUCCCUCCUCCGACCCCUCAAUUCACUACCUCCAAACUACCCACAUCCCCUGGGUACUCGACGACACCUCUCCUUCAGAAGAUACCUUACCCACUCUACGCGGCCACAUAGCACGCCAAAACCCCCACGCCAAAGUCUUUAUCGAACAUGCCGCUGCUGCUGCAUCCCCCGGAAAGCCAUUCACACUCCAACAAGAAGUAAUGGUCCUCUUCAACGCACCACACCACUCCUACGUAACUCCCAAAUUCUACACAAAAACAAAGCCAGAAACCGGUAAAGUGGUGCCGACAUGGAACUACGCAGCCGCACAAGCCUACGGCACGGCAACCGUCUACGUAGACUCCAAAGCCUCCUCCACAAUAACCUUUUUGGACAAACAAAUCAGAGAUCUGAGCAAAAAAGCCGAAGAGGAGAUUAUGCAGCACGAAAGGCCUUGGGAGGUGGAUGAUGCACCUGCAAAGUAUGUUGAGCUGUUGAGGAAGAAUAUCAUUGGGAUUGAGAUCAAGGUCACGAGUUUGGGUGGCAAGUACAAGAUGAGUCAGGAGAUGGGUGUAGAGGAUAGAGAAGGUGUUGCCCAAGGGUUUGAGGGUAUGAAGACGGAGGCUGGAGAUUGGAUUGCACAGACGGUUAGAGAGCGUGGACAGUCAAAGUAG